AUAUUUGACUUGAAUAACUUUUUCACCUAACUUAGGGGUAAAUAAAAUUUUGUUAUGGCAACAUUUGUAACGUCAAGUUUGAGAUUUGAGUUUGUUUCUGGUGCAUUUGAAAAUAACGAUUCUGAAACGUACGAAGGAAAAUAGUAUAAUUUGUUUUGUUUUACAUGAAGCUUUAGUUUUGUGGAUAUAAUGGCUAAAAAUGUGACGAACUUUCGCGGUGAAAUCUAUUUCACUCCGAAUGGGAAAUUACAUAUUAAAGACGAGCCUGAAACUCCUAUUGAAGACGACUUUGGCGAACAUAAUAACCUGGAUUACUUUUACGAACAUGGAUUCGACAACAUGAGGAAAUCUAUGUCUAUGAAUGACAUUGCUGCUCUUCGAGAAGAUCUUGUGAAGCUGGAGUUCCACGAUAAAGAUGAUAUGUAUCAUAGACAUCGUAAACCUUCAGGUGCACCACAAGAGUUGUCAAGAACUAAGUUUGUAUCAAUGGCUGAGGCCAUUUACCACUAUCAGAGAGAUACUCCCGGACGUUUUCAUUCGAAGCGACCGCAAAUAUUCCGUUCUCAAAGACCAACUGGACCAUCGGGCCUUACUGUACCUCAGUCGCCUAUGCUCCGAUCAAAAACACGCUCAAGACCUACACACAUCAUGUCACAGCAAGAAAAAGAAGAAAUGGAACUUGAAGAAAUCAGAAAACACAAAAUAAAAGCAAAUCCUAUUCCUAAGUCUGUUAUAGAAGGAACCAAGAACCUGCCUGAAGUCUCAAAGAAGCCUAUUACAGUGCCAGAGCCUUUCAAGUUGACUGAAAUUCAAAAGAAGGCUGCUCAAUCUACUGAUGACAUUCCUCAAUUCAAGGCUCGGCCAGCUCCUAAACACAUAUUAGAAAAGCCUCAGGUACCAGUGAAACCUCCAGUACAUGUGACCAAGCCUGUAAGUCCCAAAUUCCGUUAUAAAAGAGCCAACUCUGCUGAUCAACUAAGAAAUGAUAACAUGCUCCUAAUGAAAUCUCAACCAAAAUGUGAAGAAAAGCAUCAUCCUAGAACAGGUCCAGUGAGACCUGAGCCGUUUUCAUUUGAAAAAAGGGAUGAAGAACUUAGGCGCCGCAGGGAAGAAAGAAUCAAGCGUCAAAUUGAGGAAGAACGAAAACAAGCUUCUUUAUUCAAAGCACAACCAGUCCCUGGAGCUGUCAAGAAGAGAAUGCACUGCUCUGCACCCAAGGGUGGCUCAUCCACCACUUCUUCAGAAAACAAAGAGAAUAAUGUUAAGUUUGAGGCUAAGGUACCUGUUGUACUUUACAAGGAACCAUUCAAGCCUGUGCUUCAACCAGUGCAACUUAAAAAACCGGCGCCCUUUGAGCUUACUACUGAAAAGCGGGCUGCUGAGAGAGAAAAGUUUGAAAAGCAAUUGAAAGAAAAGGAGGAAGAACAGGAAAGAAUGAGACAAAUGAAGGAAAAGGAACAACAAGAAGCUGAAGAAAGAGCAAGGGCGGAGUUAAGGGCUAAGUUAAUUCAUCACCCAAAACCUAUUCCUAAAACAGGAAUCGUACCAUUUGUUCCAGAAAAAUCUGUUGCUCCACUCACUGUGCCAGAGACGCCCAAGUUUGUGAGGCGCCUCAAACAACACUAAUAUUGUUAUAACCUGAUCUGUUCAAUUUGAAUUAGUUUUACAUUUUAAUGUUGUUAAGAUAUUACUUACAACUGAAUUAUCAUGUUUUAGAUCUUUAUAUCAUAACUGUACUGACAUUGUAGUUUUUAUUGACAUGAUAUUUAAGAUAUUUCUUAUUUGCUCUUUAGGACUUAGAUUUUAUUUAAAUUGAUGUUUUCCUAGAUGAUAUUUGGUAAUAAAUGUACGAUUUUCUGUAUAAUAAAGUUAUCUUUAAUUCUUAA